AUGGAAGGGGUCAGUGGGUCACAGAGAUUUAUGGAGGCUGAUGUGGCAGAAUAUUGCGUUGAUUGGGCUGCAAGUAACAAGAAGCUACGCGAAAUAAUUCAGAUGAAAAAGAAGGAACCAAAUGAUCCGCCGCCGGCGCCGUCACUAUCACCGGCGACCACCGGAAUCGGCCCGACAGCCGUAUCAGUCUUCGCGCCACCAGGGGAAACCAUGGAAAUUCGGGCCGCCGGAGACACGGACAGAACUAGUGUCGUUGGUGGGUCCCUGCGCCGCGGCAUCUCGUGCAAGAGGGCGCUGACUAAGGAGACGGCGGAUGCCUAG